AACGACAGAGCAUGAAAGAAAUAUCAGAACCGCUCCAACCAGCCUCUGAAACAUCAAAUUAUGAAGAAUCUAAGGAAGAUGAAGAUAAUUAUAGACCUUUAUUUUCAAAGCUAAAAAAAAACGCGAAAAGCACUCUUAUUUAUAGUCGUUUUAGCGUUUUUGUAAAAUUAAGUAAUAUUGUUUCGAAGAUACAUCCGUCUAUUUGGAUUUUUUGUGUAUUUUUACUUGUUAUUAUUAGUCAUAUCUUGUAUAUACAGAUUUUUUGGUUAAUGGUGGGACUAAUUCUUGGUGUAAUGUAUCAAAUAAGAACACCUUAUAUGGAGUUAAGUCAAGAAGGCGAAGGGGGUAUUGGGAUUGUCAAAAAAGAGUCUUUCGAGACGUUACAAGUACAGGAACAUUUAGUUAAUCUUUCAUCUAUGAUUGCGACAUCACUUUCUCUUUUGUUCGAUAAUAUUAUAAAGGAAUAUGUCUUGCAUUGGUAUUAUCCUAUAUCUAAUGAUAUGUCAUUUCCGAAGGCAUGCCGAGUACUUUUCGAUAAUUUUUUUCUCUCACUUUAUCGACAUAUUGCUUCAAGAAGUUCAUACGAUAUCAUGAUGAUGUUUUUUGUUCAGUGUUCGAGUACUAUUAUUGUUGCUUUACGAGAACUUAGAUCAGCAUUAGCAUUUUCUAGCGAUGAUCAUAACAUUAACUCUCUUAUUGCUGCAUAUACAGCUCAAAAUCCCAACUCUGCAUUAUCUCGUUUAUUAGACCGACCUUUACAAAGGGAAAGAUUCCGUUUUGAAUCAGAAAAUAUAUUAAAGAUUUUGGGUAAAAAGGAAGAUUUAGAUUGCCUUGUGUUGAAAACGUUUGCGAGAGAGAUGCUUACAAUUCAGGUUUUUGAAAAUAUUGUUGAAACUUGUUCAUCUUCAGAUUUUAUUAAUGAAUGGAUAAUUUAUUUCUAUAGUACAGAUAAAUCCCGUGAAACAGACCAAGAAAAGGAUCAAAAAAAAAGUGAAGCUCAACUUGCAAUGGAAGAAGCAAUGGCAGAAGCAGCAGAAAUGACAAGAUUAUUACAAGAUAAAUCAGAAAGUCAGGAAUCCCCAAUAUCUGGUCAAUCCUCGCCUAUUGCUUUUAACGGCGUUAUUACACCAGAAAAGAGAGAUUAUUUUAAGAAUUCAAAUAUAACAUGUUUUGCUUCUCCAAUGCGUUCUCGUGCAUCGAGUCCUGAUGGGAGAUAUCAUUUUAAAGCAUUUAGCAAUUUUAAAAGUAGUUCUCCAGAUCGUUCUCGGCUUAGUAUCUCUGAUCAUAGAGAAACAAAAAUUUCAGGAACGCUACCUCAAGAUAUAUUCAUGGAGAAAGAUAUCUCAAAUUUUCCUAAAGAAAGUUUAUACGAUGCUGAGAUCUCUUUAUCAUAUGUUAAUUCGGAGUUAUCUCCUAAGAAAAUUAUAAAAUCAAAAUGGUCUAUUCAAUUUUUAAUAACAAUUGAACCUUCUGGAAGCCAGGUGUCUGGGUGGGUUAUUAUUAAGAAAUAUUCAGACUUUGAAUCAUUACACGAGGUUCUUCGUCGUUUAGCUGUUGUUUCUGGUCUUCAUUCUUUUAAUAAAGAGUUACCUCAUUGGAAAAACGUAAGCUAUGAAGAUUUAAGAGUUUCUUUAGAAAUUUAUCUACAAAAAGCCUUAAAAUCUAAGGAUCUUUCUGAUAGUCAUGCAAUGAAAAGCUUUCUUGAUAAACAAUCUAAAUGCGAUUCUGUUAAUUUUUCCGGGAAACGAAAAUCAUGGCAACAAUUACGUACUGUGAGUGAUGGUGUACGUGAUGUUAUAAAAGCGCCAGCGGCAGGGGGAAAGGCUAUUAUAAAUGCUCUUGGCGCUGUCGGACGAAAAACAUUUCUUGAUAUACCAGAUAAUAUAUUUGAAACAGAAGUAGAAAACUCAUUGACAGAUACCUUGGAAGAAUCUCCUGUAGUUAAUUCAGAAAAUUUACUUUUUAAUGCAUCAAAGGAUGAUAGGCAUAUUCCAUCUUGUCGCUCUAGUUUUCAAUCUCAUACAGAAAAAAAAGAUUUUAUUAAAUCACAAACAGCAUCUCCCAAUAUUCUUUUGGAUAACACUGCAUCUAAUUUAACAUCAGAAACAUGUUCUGAAGAACUAAUGCUGGAACCUGAUAGAAAUAAUGACUUUAAUGAAGAAAAAAAAUCUUCACAUGAAAAAACUAAUUCUAAUACAACAAAAGGUUUUUCAAAUUCUGACAUACAGCUUUUUAUUGAUAUUAAUUUUUGUAUUUUAUCAGAAUUUUAUUCUUUGUCACCAAAAACAUGGUCUAUUCGUCGUUCUCUUCUUGGAAUACUUCGAAGUUUACUACUACGAAAUGGCGGCACUUAUGUUGAAAUUGUAAAGGAUGCUAUAGAAGAAAAAAUUACGAAUUAUUUUACUAAUGAAAAAUGGAUUUCUGAGCAAAUUAAUGAAAUUAUAAUGAAAAUAUGGCCACCUAAUCCAGAAAAAAUUGUUAAAAAGGAUUCAGAAAAAUUAUUGAAAGAGGCAAAACAUUUGUUUUUAAAUAAAACCAUUCCAGAUACUUUAAAAUCUCUCGUAGGAGGUUCUGCUACUAGGGAGUCUCUCGAAAUAGUUUUUGAAAGUUUACAAGAAAAAGAAUUUAUGAGGGGAAUACUUUCAAGUAUUUUAUCUGAUAUAUUGCAAGUGAUUUUUCAAUAA